GAGGGCCUCCUGUCCUGGGCCUCGGGGAGGUCGGAGUCCGCCAGAGAUAGCCCAGCGUCAGCCAGUGAGAGCCCGGCUCCUACUCUGCAGUGCCGAGGGGAGUGGCCGCCGCGGAGGUCCCUAUAUCCCCCUUCGUGGGACCCCCGCCCCCGCUCCGUGCCCGUAUCCCCUCUUCCGGAUGGCCCUUGGGAUCCGCAGCGAAGGGCCCCUCCUGCUGCCUUCCUGAGGCACGAGAGUCGGCCAAGGCCUAGAAGAGCCCUCAGAGGGCCGCCCUCGCACCCUGCCUCACAGCCGCUAACCGCCUCGCACAGGCUGCAUCUCAUGUCCAACCUUCAUCCCCCAACCCCCAUCCUCAAAGGGAGUGAGCCCCAGAUCUGGGGGCCCAGACUAGCCCUCAAUACACAUGGGGGGACCUGCCAAAAAUGCAGAAAGGCAGAAAGACGAGCAGCGAGACCCCUGAGAGAGGCGGCCCAGGAGACCCCCUCAAAACAGACAAUCCCAGCCUUCUGCUGAUACUGAUAUUCAGUCUUGGAAGGUCUGGGAGGCACUCAUUCCACAAAUACAUAUUGAGGGCUCCAUGCUCCUGCAGAACCUACACCAGAAACCUCAGAGCUACAGGAAUCUUAAGGAAUCUGACCAGUUCCCUCCUGUCUGCCCGUAUUGUUGCCCUGGGCGGAGCUGCUGGGUUUAAAGAGCUGGAACCCACCUGAGUUGAAUCCAGCCCCAGCAGCCUUUCCAGAUCUGCGCUCUGCUCUCAGCCCCCCUCUCAGCCGUACCAUGAAGAGAAUGACCCAGGGCCUGCUCCUCACACUGGCAGGCCUGCCUGCCUUGGAAGCCAAUGACUUGGUUGAUAAAGACAGUCCCUUCUACUAUGACUGGGAAAGCCUGCAGCUGGGCGGGAUGAUUUUUGGAGGGCUCCUGUGCAUCGCUGGAAUCUUGAUAGCCCUGAGUGGAAAAUGCAAAUGCAAAUACAAUCAAAAGCACAGCCCCUUACCUGAGAAAGCCACUCCACUCAUCACUCCAGAUUUAUUUAUUUUAGGAAGAGCAAGAAAGAAAGUAUGUGGGUGCAAGAGUAAGGGGAGCGGCAGAGGAGAGGACCUUCGAGGAGACUCCCUGCUGAAAGUGGAGCCCAACUCAGGGCUGGAUCCCAUGACCCAUGAGAUGGUGACCUCAGCCAAAACGAAGGGUCAGACACUUACCCAACUGAGCCACCCAGGUGCCCCAUCUUAUUUUUUCCAAUUGCAAACAUUUUUCAUGCUUAUUACAGAAAGCCUGAACAUUACAGAGAUGUCUCAUUUAGGUAAAUCAGUUUUUAACCCAGCAUUCAGAAACAAUCAAGGGGAAAGUUUGAUAUAAUAUUCUAUAACUUUAUAUAUAAGUAAUAUAAUAUUAUAUAUUAUAUACAGGUUAUAUAGCAUUCUAUAUUUCUCUGGCGAUCCAGCCAUGUUGUUAUAUUAAUCAAUAUUUCAUUACUUUGUAUUGCUGAGUAGUCAUCAGAGUUUUUAAAAUAAGGGCCUACUGGGAUCCCUGGGUGGCGCAGCGGUUUGGCGCCUGCCUUUGGCCCAGGGCGCGAUCCUGGAGAUCCGGGAUCGAAUCCCACGUCGGGCUCCCGGUGCAUGGAGCCUGCU